UAAAAUUCCGAAAAAGGACUUCCCAUUAUAACAUUCUCAACAAACGUCGCCCAUUACAUUUUCGUCAUUUUCAUUUUCUCUCUUCUUCUUCUUCUUCUUCUUCAUCCUCUCUGUAGGAGAAAACAAUGGAACUUACAGCUUCACAAAAUUAGUGGAAAUUCUGAAGGAUCUCUCACUCACUACAAUGAUGCAAAGCGGUGAAGGUUCCUUACUUUUUUCUCUCUCUCCCAGCUUCAGCAGCUACUCUUCCGGCAGAUUUGCAGAAAUCGCCGCCCGUGUCGUCGAGGAAUUCCGUAAAGAAUCCGAUACCGAUCCCGAUAUUUUCAACUGGGAACCUGAUUCUGCUUCUUCUCUUCAUUAUGGACCCGAACCCGAUGAAUUCGACCAACUACCUCAAAUCCUACACGGCGGUAAUGCUGAAACAGAGACUUCAGAUGAAAUUGCAGACGAUGAGUUCGAAUUCGCGGUCGUUCCGAGGGAGCCGGAAGAGGUAACUAUUUCAGCUGAGGAUAUCUUCUACAACGGUCAAAUUAGACCGAUUUAUCCUGUUUUCAACACGAAUCUGCUGUUGAGCGAUUCGAUUGUAGAUAAGAACAAUAGCGGCGGCAACGUCGACGACGGUGAGCACGACGAUGAAAACUUGAAGAAAUCCAAGCCGAAGAGAGUACAUCGACCGUCUCUUGGAAAACUAAUGAGCGAAGAGCGUGAGACGAAUUCGUGUUCUUCGUCUGAGACGGAAGAGCUAGACGGAGUUCUUCCUGGAACGUACUGCGUUUGGACGCCCAAGGAAUCGCUCGAGCGAUGCAAAAAGAGCAAUUCUAUGGGAUCAUCGAAGAGAUGGAAACUCCGAGACCUUCUAUACAGAAGCAGCAGCGACGGAAAGGAAACCUUCGUGUUUUUAUCAUCGAGCAAAAGGGUCGAGAAAUUCGCUGAAAUUUCAAAGGAAAAAAGUAGCAGCGGUACAGGAGAUGAAAAAUCCACCGGAAAAGUAAAAUCCAGCAGAGUGGCGGCAGCCGCGGCGGCCGCGGCUGCAACAGCGACAGGUAGCAAUGUGAGUCCAACGGCGGCAGUAGAAGGAGAAGAAGAAGCAAAGAAUUCGUGUAAGGAAGGGGAAAGGAAGAUGCAAAGGAUUCCGUGCAGACAAGAAAUGGGGGAUUUAUUCAACAAUGUCAAUGGUAUGAACAAAAACUCACAUCAAUUCUGAACAUAAUCAGUGUUUGAAAUAAAAGAAUUGAUUUGGAAGAAGAAGAUUGAAAAAAGAAAAGAAAAAAAAGUAAUUAAUUAAUUAAUUAAAAUUAAUGAGUUUUUUUUCUCUUUCUUUUUCUCUUUUUCUUAGGGCUGUUUGUUUGUAAGGGAAGAAAAUCAAUGUUUAAUUUGGAAUAAUUAAAUUGUUAAAGAAUGACAAAUCUUCUACCAAAAUGAAAUUAGCAAAUAGUAUGUGUGAAUUGAUGGGAAUGAGUUGUAAUAUUAUUGUACAUUUAUUUUCAUAAUAUAUUAUAUAUAUAUAAUUUAUGAA